AUGUCGACCAUCCGCGCGAUGCGCACGUCCGAUCUCCUACGCAUAACAACGACCAACCUCGACCCCUUCACCGAAACCUACAACAUCGGCUUCUACCUCGAAUACCUGACCAAAUGGCCCGACCUAUGCCGCGUAAUUGAAGGCAUCGACGGCGAGAUCGAAGGAUACAUCCUCGGCAAACUCGAAUCCUCCCCCUUCCCACCCGCAGUCCACCCCUACUCGCCGCACACAAAUCCCGACCCAAAUUACCUCCCCUGGCACGGCCACAUCACCGCCCUCACCGUCUCCCCGCGCGCCCGCCGCCUCGGACACGCGACUGCGCUGUCGGACAGUCUGGCCAAGGCAUGCGAUGCCGCCAACGCGUGGUUCGUCGAUCUUUUCGUAAGGGAGAGCAAUGUCGUGGGGAAGCAGCUCUACCACAAGAUGGGGUAUAGUGUGUAUCGCAAGGUCAAGGAUUACUACAAUGAUGGCGAGGAUGCGCUGGAUAUGCGGAUGCCGCUGAGUAGGGAUAAGGAUAGGGCCCAUGUGAGGGAGAAUGGGGAGAAGUUUGAGGUGUUACCGCAGGAUGUGUGGUAA